AUGGCGACUUUCUUCGACAACCUCAAGAAGAGCUUCAACGACGUGCCCGUCGACGCGAGCAAGGACAAUGCCAUCGCGACGACCGAGUUCCUCGAAGCGGCUGAGAGUCUGAUCACGCUGUUCGAUGUUCUUGGUUCUGCGGCGUUCAAGCCCGUCAAGAGCGACAUGACCACCAACAUCAAGAAAAUCCGCGACCGCCAACUCGCCGCCCCCGCGCUGUCGGAAACCCUACAGGAGCUUGUUGUCAACGAGCUGAAGGAGAAGAAACACGUCGCUGCUGAGGGACUGGUGUGGUUGAACCGCGGCCUAGACUUCACAGCCCAAGCCCUCCGCCACAACCUGUCCAACCCGUCCAAGGAGCUGGCCGACUCGUUCCGCGACGCCUACGGCAACACGCUUAAGCCGCACCACUCGUUUGUCGUCAAGCCGCUGUUCAGCGCGGCGAUGAGCGCGACGCCGUACCGCAAGGAUUUUUACGCGAAGUUGGGUGGGGAUGAGGCGAAGACGCAGGGGCAGCUGGAGGAGUGGCUGGCUAGCUUGGAGAAGGUUGUUGCGGUGCUGAAUGAGUUUUUGGUGAGGAAGGAAGCUAAGUGGUAG